AUGGGAUUGUUUGACAAGCUGGCAGGAUGGCUUGGGCUGAAGAAAAAGGAGGUUCAUGUCUUGUGCCUUGGCUUGGACAACAGCGGCAAAACAACGAUCAUCAAUAAACUUAAACCUUCAAAUGCUCAAACUCAGGACAUCGUUCCAACAAUAGGAUUCAGUAUAGAGAAAUUCAAAACUUCAAGUUUGUCUUUCACAGUGUUUGAUAUGUCAGGUCAAGGGAAAUACAGAGACCUCUGGGAACAUUACUACAAAGAUGGCCAAGCCAUUAUUUUUGUCAUUGACAGCAGUGACAAAUUAAGAAUGGUUGUAGCCAAAGAAGAACUUGACACCCUUCUGAAUCAUCCAGAUAUUAAGCACCGCCGACUGCCUAUUCUCUUCUUUGCUAACAAGAUGGACCUCAGGGAUGCAGUGUCAUCUGUGAAAGUGUCUCAGCUGCUGUCCUUAGAAAACAUCAAAGACAAGCCCUGGCAUAUCUGUGCCAGUGAUGCUCUUAAAGGAGAAGGAUUACAAGAAGGCGUGGAUUGGCUCCAAGAUCAAAUUACACAAUCAGAUGCAAGCAAUGAAGACAUGAGAGAUAAAUAA